AUGGCCGUUGAUCCAAGUGCAGUUUCGCGACUCCUCUCUUCUGCUUCUAGCGCGGGCUCGCAACCGCAUACUUCGGCGGACCUUCCACUGCCCACCUCCAGCGGCACCAUCGACCUCACCGACAGCUCGUCCAACCUGGGCGCCGGUGGCCUUCUCGGCGUCUUUGUACAGAAACACGAACAGCAGCAGGCCCAGCACGCACCAAAUGGCGGUUCGGCUGGGCCUGUAGGCUCUGCACAGCCCGGCGGCUGUCCUGGCAGCAGCAGCGGCAGGCUGCGUCGAGACUCGACCAGCUAUCACAGGACGACGAAGGAGGUGAUGAGUGUCGAGAGCGCCUGUGUUGGUCUUCUCAUUGGAAAAGGCGGUGAGACGCUACGUCGUAUCGAGUCUCAGACGAACGUGCGUGUCCAGUUCAUGCCGGAACGGCCUUCUCAUCCCGGAGAACGUGCCGCCAUCCUUACCGGCCGUCCUGAAUGCAUCGAACAGUGCCGUCGUGAAAUGCUCCACAUGAUUGCCGAGUACAAGUGGACCCUGGCUCGAGGUGCUGCUGGCACAGCUGCUUCUCCAGCUGUGGCCGGGUUGAAUACCAACGUAGUCGGACCCGGCUCCAAUGGACCAGCUGUGGCCACGGGAAGCACUGCAACAGCAGCUCCUGCAGGUAUCAGUGCCGACGCCUCGCUCACGUUUGCCAUUCCCGAUCGCUGUGUGGGCCUCAUCAUUGGAAAGGGCGGUGAAACAAUCCGUGACCUGCAAGAAGCCUCCAAAACCCGUAUCAACAUAAAAAGCGAAAGCGACAGUAGAAACGGUGCGCGUCCUGUGUACCUGUACGGGUCUCCAGAGGCUACUGCUCGUGCACAGGCCAUGAUCCUCGACAUUGUGCAGCAAGAUCUCAACAAGGACGCAGCAGCAGCGGCUGCUGCUGCCGCUGCCGCCGCUUCACAAGUCGCCGGGGGAUCGUCCUCGUCGUCCACGCCUACCGCUCUUGCUCCGCCGACGUUGUCUCCGUCUCUCUCUACGCUCACUCGAACCAAAAUUAUUUCCGUGCCUCGGGAAUCGGUGGGUCUGCUCAUCGGCAGAGGCGGUGAGACGAUUCGAGAGAUGAAUGCACAAACAAAGUGUCAGAUUAAGGUCGCUCCUGACCUGCGUACGCCCGACAAUCGACGCAAUGUUUCUCUCAUCGGCACUCCUGAAGCCAUUGAACUUGCCGAGGCUACCAUACGCCGCCGUCUGGAACGUGGCCGUUCGCUUCCUCGUCGCACUAUCGACCCUUCAAGUCCUGCCACUGCUAGCCAGACGCCGGGUGCUCAUGUUCCAUACCCCAAUUACCACAACAUAUAUGCACCCCCUUGGAAGAGUUAUGCUGGGGCAGCUUCGCAGCCUCCAGAUCCGCACUCCCAGCCGUGA